AUGGUUGCCCCCCCGCACAUGAUCGGUUUUGAAGCAUGCCACAUUUUCCCUUACGAUAGAGAAUCCGAGUGGAAUACCAGAAGAUUUGGAACUACAGUUGUAGAUGAUAAUGCUCCUACCUCAAAGAUUGGCCAGUCAAAAAUCCAUUCUCCACAGAAUGGUAUUCUCCUGGAGGGUGGUAUUCAUACCCUGUUUGAUGCUUAUAUUGUGGCAGACAACUAUAAAGUUACCUGCUUCACAGAGGAUUCUCACAAUGUGGAUGGACGAACUCUAGGAUUUCAGUGUCGAGAUCCCAACAACCCUCUCCGCGUGAAAGAUGACUUAUUAAGAUGGCAUUUUAGAACAUCUGUUUCAGCAAUAAUGCGCGGAGCCGGAGAAAAACCGUGGGAGUACGACUUCCCUGAAGGGGAAGAUAUUGAUGAAAUCAUUUCAGGGCCGCACCCCGAGGAGCGAAUGGAGCUGGAACUGCAUCACCGUUUGGGAGUGUCAAGCUAA